CAAUUGGCAGCGUCGUCUUUGACAGAUGCUGCACAAUGUUACAGAUGCUGAACGUUACAGCGAACGCAGCGAGUAGCAGCAAUGCGGAGAGCCAAAGCAAUAACACCAACAAUAAUCCAACUGAGCGUAAUCGCAAUUUGAAUAACAGUAGCAAUAACAAUAACAACUACAACGCCAGCAUUCGACGCAACAGCGUAGCGACCACAAUCGCGGCCAGCUUAGCCGUCAUCACAUAUCUCGGCCACCCGGCUGCGACACAAAGUUUCGCAACAGCGAAUGCAACACAAACAAACACGACGACGUCCGUCACGCCGCGUGCAGCGACGCAGGCAGCAAGCGCAGCAACUUUACUGCCAACGUCCAGCAGCAAAUCUACAGCGGCUACAACACGCGCUGCCCACUUGCAUACGUAUCCAUUUGCUGUGGCAAUAACAACUACAACCUCAGCGAAAACACCCUACCCAAUUAGCGAUUCACACACCAGCUUCAAUUCCACCCGAGCACCAUCUUCAGCUUUAUCAGCAGCGACGACAGUCAAAAGAAAUUCAUUAUACACGAAUACCGAUGGCAAUGGCAAAUAUGCAACACCAACAACAACAGCUACAGUGACAACAGCCACAGCAACGGCAUUGGCCAGCACUUUCACUCAAGCGGAGGCCACACUCAACGCCUUAAUGCUCAAUGAUACAUUUGUGGACAGUUAUAAUGGUAGCAUAUAUGGCAACACCAGCAGCACUACCGCCAACAACAACAACAACAAUUUGCACGCCCUUAAUAUUACCGAUAUCAUUGAGCAAAACAAUCGCGACAAAUGGCUGAGUCUGUCGAUAUUCAUUGUGAAGGGUUUCAUAUUUGCAUUGAUUAUCUCGGCAGCGGUGCUGGGCAAUGCGUUGGUUAUUAUUUCGGUGCAUCGCAAUCGUAAAUUACGUGUUAUUACAAAUUAUUUCGUCGUCUCGUUGGCCAUGGCGGAUAUGCUGGUGGCGUUGUGUGCGAUGACAUUUAAUGCGACGGUGGAACUGUCCGACGGCAAAUGGCGGUUCGGACGCUUUAUGUGCAACGUGUACAACAGCUUGGAUGUUUACUUUUCUACAGCGAGUAUUUUGCAUUUAUGCUGCAUCUCGGUUGAUCGAUAUUAUGCCAUCGUUCGGCCACUGGAAUAUCCACUCUAUAUGACAACAAAAACCGUUUACUUUAUGCUCGCUAACGUUUGGAUAUUGCCAGCUUUAAUAUCGUUUACGCCCAUCUUCCUCGGUUGGUAUACGACGGCAGAGCAUCAACGUGAGACUUUACUACAUCCGGAUCAGUGUUCGUUUGUGGUCAAUAAGGCGUAUGCGCUCAUAUCGAGUUCCGUCAGCUUUUGGAUACCGGGCAUAGUAAUGCUUUGCAUGUAUUGGCGCAUAUACAAAGAGGCGGUACGUCAACGCAAAGCAUUAAGCCGCACUAGCUCGAAUAUUCUGUUAAAUAGUGUACAUAUGGGUCAUACCCAGCAUUCGACAAAUCUGAGUUAUCUGCAUCCAAGUGAUUGUGAAUUAAGCACAACGAUGGCGAGAGAAGAAACGCAUAGCGCUAUAAGCAAUCUUGAGGACAUCCUACCGCAAACAACCGACGAUGACGAUGAUAAAGACGAAGGCGAUGAAUUACGAGUCCCUGCACCACCACGCCGGCUCAGCCGCAGCAGCAUCGACUUGCGCGACUUAGAGCAGGAACGUUAUGAAAAAGUUACCCAUACCGACAGUGCGCCCUCUAUGAUAGCUUUACACUACGCCGCACAACAGCAACAAAAUGAGGAUGGUAACGCGCUUAAUCCGCAAAUAUGGGCAGAAGGUUUGGCAGAUCUACAGCAAUCCGUGUACAUUACCAAAAGAUCUGCCUCGCCAAUUAACUCUAACCAAAAUUCACCCAAGCACUCACCUAGUCAUCGUCAAGGCUCUAGUAGCAAGCUGAAAAGUUGUGAUUCUGAUCAAUAUCAGCAGGUAUUUGGACUACUGAGCGACGACAGUGAGUCCAACGAGUAUUACGACAGUAUGUUAAAUUUGAAAGUUAAGCAACAGCAAUUGCAAGCGCCGACCACCUGUUUGCCCAUCGCAGAAGAUAAUAAAGAGCUUAAGCGACUGAUCGAGGAUAACUAUUUAUACUUCAAAAAGCAAAUAGUUGGACAAAACUCCACUCAAAGUGGUGAACAGCACGCCUCGGGGAGUGGUAAGUUUCCAGCGCGGAGUGAAACUGAUUUCAUUAGAAUGAAAAAUGGUCGAAACCGCAGUCGUAGUAGUGGCAGUAAUGAGGAAACGGCUAAGAAACCUUUCGCACUAAGCGAUUCUGAGUUCCUUAAGACUUUGGCCGACUCAAGAAGUAAACGAAAACAACUCGAAUCGCUAAAGGAAGGAGUUGUAAAGGAAGAGAAAGAAAAAGAGAAGGAAAAAGGCUUCACUUUCAAAGGCCUGCUAGCAAAGACGAAACGAUCGAGUACGGAGUGUUUUUCUAUCGAGAAGAAGCGUCAACAGGCCACAUCCGAAGAAAUACGCAGCAGUCGCGCCCAACUCUUUCGGCGUUCACGAAAUCGCAAGCUAUCACAUAGUUAUAAUGGUGGCAUAAGUCGUAAACAGGAAAUGCGUUCACGGCAGCACAGCGACACGGACUCCGAAGCGGGAUUCAUCUAUUACUCUUACACAUUGGGUGAGAGCCAAGAAAGUUCGGCAACACGCUACAACACACCCGAUAUUUUGCUCGAUAUCAAUGUGCUUAAUGAACAAACAGACGACUCACUGAAGGACAACAUCUCGGUGCGCACACACGAGUUUGAGAUAACCACCUCACCACAAGGUACCAAUAACAACAAUGGUUCCGCGCAACUUAUUGACUUGGGCGAGUCACAAGAAGUUGCAUUUAGCGGCUCAGAUGACUUCUCCCAAUAUACCGACUGCCUAACCGAGUCCCCACACAUACCAGCCACACCGCCGCCAUCACGUUCGCCUUCCUCAUUAAUUGAACCCAUAGUUCCUGAACAAUUGCAAUACCAAAACCAACAACCCAUACAAUGCGCCAUUGAACUGCCGGAGAAAAGCAAUAUUCUCAUUACCUCGCGCACAGACCUUGUCGAACUAUUCCGUUCGUUAAGCUUUCCCAUCGCUGAACUGGGUCACACUAACACCACCAACAGCGGCAACGACUCACCCCAACGUAAAUUUCUGUCAACCUCCAACUCCACCGAAUCCAAGUCAGGCAACUCUGCGAAACACUUUAAACAGCGACUAAGUACGUUAAGCGAUCAGGUGCUGGUGACGAAAAAUAGCACAAACUUUUUAAUGUCCCCACCGGCAACACCAAAUUUCAAUUCUGCACAAAACCUACCCACGACUAAGACGAUUUCAUACCCCAACGCACCAAGCAAUACGGUCAAUGUCUACUUCCUCUCACCGCCACCAACAGCCACGUUACCACAAUUCUCAAACAGCUCACCCACGAGCAAUCCUUUUCCUAGCGACACGUCUACAGUAUCCUUGGACGUGCUUACCACGCUGCCAGUGCCAACGCCGCCGUCGUCACAAUGCCAACAGACCUUGGCCGUGCACGCAACUACUCAGGUGUCGCAAUGCAUGUCGCCGAAGCCAGAAAUCAUACUCGACUCUACACUCUCACCCACCUCGUUGCAUAGCGGUAGCAAUGGUGAUAUUGAUGGCGGUGAUGGAGGCCUAUUGACCGGUGAGGAGCGAGAUUUAACAUCACCUUUAUUCAAACGUCACGACAGCGAACCAGAAACUACGUCCACAGCGGUAGCACAGUCAGUACGUCAUCGUGGCAGUAUUCUAGCGGGCGGCAGUGGCGCUUAUAAUGGCAAUAACGGUCAAUCGGUGCGCAAACGUCAGGCUUCGGUGGUGACGUACGAUGUCAAUGUGAUUAAUUUUUCACAGGACAACAGUGAUAGCCGCAGCUACAUACCAAUGGGUCGAGUAUCGACCAGUUCAGCAAUGCCCGAGCGUCCGAUGGAGGUUGAUUUCUCCCAAAAGUCGUCACUGAAACGACGCGGCGGCAUUUGUAUAUUUGUCGACGAAGAAGAGGCCGUUAAUGUGAUUGAGCAAAAGACUGGUAUUGGUAGUCAGCAAGCUAAAUGCAUCACUUUCGACACUGUUAAUGUCGGCUACGACAGCAGCGAUGCGACUGGCACGAGAAUCUCGAAGGCAGCAGCUGUUAAGUGCCAAUUGUGUGGUGCCAAUAUGCGGUCGCAAUUACGAUUACCCGCACCGCCCGACAUGCGACAGAGUCAGGGGCAAGGUCGUAGCAAUCGAAGUGGUAAACGUUUUUGGCAUACGAAUCAUUGGUGGCACAAAAGAAAGCACAACCGGCAACAGGGGUCGGCGGGAUGUCAGUGUGGCGCUACCGGCGGUUCGAUGAGGCCGGCGAAAGGAUGGAAGGCUGAACAUAAAGCUGCACGUACUUUGGGCAUUAUAAUGGGUGUAUUCUUGCUCUGUUGGCUGCCAUUUUUUCUGUGGUACGUAACAACUUCUCUCUGCGGUCCUGCCUGCCCUUGCCCGGAUGUGGUCGUUGUCGUUCUCUUUUGGAUUGGCUAUUUCAAUUCAACGCUUAAUCCACUGAUCUACGCCUACUUCAAUCGUGAUUUCCGCGAUGCUUUUCGCAACACGCUUGAAUGCGUUAUACCUUGUUUACAUAAACGUAAUCCUUACGAUGCUUACUAUGUGUAGUAGUGUUAAGGUGUGUAGAAUGGAGAGAAACCGAAGGCAACAAAAAAAAAAAACAAAAGGCAAGUAUUACGUAAGUUUUGUGUUCCUCUUUCAUGAUGCUUAAUGUACCAUGAAGAACCUAUCUAUGUAUGUAUGUACAAGCGUACUCUUGCAAAAUCGUCGCUUCACUACACUACACUGAAUAUUGAUUGAAAAAAUAAAAAUUCUUG